UAGAGCUAUAGGGCUAGCAAUCGUAGGAAGGAGACAUCGCUCUUUUGAACUAUUUACAAUACUACCAACUUUCUUCCAUCAAUUGGAACCAUCUUCCAUCUAUUGGAACCAUCUUCUAUCAGAAAGGUACAAGGCGGAUGAAACAUGCACCACGCGCUGGAAGAUAGGCCUCUCGAUUUCUUCGUCGCCAUCUCUUCUGCCGCCGGCGCUGUUGGCAACCGCGUGCGGGCUGCGUACAGCGCCGCGAACUGCUUCCUCAACGCCUUGGUGCAGUACCGCCGCGCCCGCGCCCGCGGCCUCCCGACCUCGUCUCCCUCGAACUGACCGCCGUGUCCGACUCGGACUACCUCGCCGAGGACCUGGAGAAGGCCGCGGAGGUCGCGCGGAACCUCGGCAGCGAAACAGCAUCUGCGAGAGCGAGCUGCUGGCCCUCCUGAGCGCGGCCAUCGACGGCACCAUGGCGUCGACAUGCAACGGCCACGUCAUCACGGGCAUACGCAUCACGGCAGCGAUGCGGCCCUUCCGGACCGAGGACGCCAAGUUUAAGGCGGUGCGCCUCGCCGCCGCCGCCGCCGCCGCGUCGUUCAACCCGGCGCUGCGGGCGGCCAAGACGCGCGUUGAAGCCAAUAUGCAGGUGCUCGAGCCGCUGUCGAACGGGUCGAUCCAGACGCUGGCCAAGGCGGUGUGUUCCAAGAGCAAGCUCGUUCCGGAGUCAUCUGGAGAGUCGGCUUGGUGGCGGGUGAUCUCAUUUCGAUGUCGAGACUUUUUGCAUUUCUGCCGUUUACUUUACUUUAUUUUUUUUGUUCUCUUCUCUGGUGAGGAGGGGGGUAGCCGGAGGAGGAUGGUUCGAUUGCCCGGCUUUUUGGGGUGAAGGUUUCACUUCGUUCGAUAUGCACUUCUUAAAGCUCCGGCUUUUGCUUCUUCUUCUUCUUCUUAAUCUUUGACCUGAAUGGAUCGUUGCUAUUGCUGACAUUCGGGUCGUUAAUAGCCUGUUUUCACAUGAACUUGCCUUUGGUUUCUAAAUAGAUAAUAUUAUUCUGUGGUUCUCCCCGUCCCUUUUUGCGAUUGCUCUUUGCCGCUGGGCCCAUCAAGAUUGAUAACUGGACAGAACUGAAGUGAUUGUCA